GGUUCAUCGUUGACAGCAGAACGCAUGAACGACACAAGAGACCAACGACACCUUCAACAUCAGCUGAAACAGGACGAGCCCCUCACCCUAACCACCCUGACUCGACCAUGAUCCCCUUCAUUGUCUUCAAAGAGAGCCCAGGAGGAGCAGAGUAUCAUUCGCUUUGGGUUGUCUCUUGUUGCCCUGCCACAUCCACAUGUGCAGGCACCCCACGAUUCCGUCUCUUCUGGGAUGUCACGUCGUUCAAACUUCAGCCAAGUUCCACAGCCCACCGCCCCAUCGACCAUCUGUCAGAAUUGCAAAACCUUGAGCCAUCGUCUCAGAUUGAUGAAACCUCGAAAAGGCUGCCGAAGAGCCAAUCGCAAUUCAGACAUUGCCCAGACAUUUGAUAACUUCAGCAUCUCAUUAUACAGUUUCUUCUCUCGGUCGCAUUCCACACCAAAUGCGGCUCGGCGACACAGGCAAUUCUGGAUGACAGAUCGGUCUAACCUACACAGGAUGGACAGACAAUUGACCCCCUUGAUAUGGGACACGGGAGAUGGGACUAUCAACCUGCCUGCCUGUCUGGUAUCCACAAGGAUAAACCUACGCUGUCGCAACUCGCAUCCAAGCGUAGGCGUUAUCGACGUUUCCUCUGCGGGUGCACUGGGCCGACUGAAUGCCGUGGCCGCCUGGCGAGGGAUCAGCAGUACCAUCUCAGUAAAAGUAAACUAUGCGAACCAAACAUGCAUGGUCUACCAAGUGUCGCAUCACAACCUCGCCUUGAGAUUGUCCCCAGAACGUCACAAACUAGCGUGGCUGCCGUUUUUUCAGGGCGGGCUGUCGCGUGGUGAUCGGACGGACAUGGCGCGUUACACUAACUGGUACCUCACGUCCCAUGCAUUCCAGAAUACGAAUUCUGCGUGGGGAAAGGUGACUAGCAAUGCUGCCAUUCACCAACCGCCUCAUGAUUGUUGAUGCAUUUUUGACGGACCACGACUACUGCCCGCGUGGCUGCAGAAGUUAGAUUGCCACCAUGGGGUAAGGCAUUGGACAAUGGCUUCG